UUCAUACAAACGGCUGCUUCACUUGAAACAGUUUAAAGUGAAACUAAAGUUUUCUCCUCACAGUGUCGGCAGAUUAUCAGGAGGAGGAAAGUGACAACUGGCUGUGAACUGAAUGUGUUUUUCAAGUGUUCGUUUAGUGAGAAGCAGAUUAAUGAGGACUUUGUGGUUGUUGUAGUUUUUACAGGAAGAUGAAGAUGUUUGUGGUGUUUGUGAUCCUCGUGCACGUUUCCCAGCAUGCCUCAGCUGUGGAGCUGUAUGAGGGGGGAGGAGUUUGUCCUGCUGCCCUGUGCGUAUCAAACGUCUGAACUGGACAACCCCACAGUGGUGUGGAGCCGCUACGAUCUCAAUCCUCCAACCGUCCACCAGCGUCAGCAGGAAGGUGAUGAACUUAAAGACCAAAACCAGCUUUACAGCGGCCGAACAUCCAUGAUGUCUGACGCUCUGGAAACUGGAGACCUCAGCCUCAGUCUGACAAAACUCCGCCUCUCUGACAGCGGCAGCUACACCUGCACCGUCAGAGCAUUAGGAGGACAACGGAGAGUGAGAGACAUACAGCUGCAGGUCAAAGAACGGUUUCCAUCCUGGGCCACAGCUCUCCUGGUUCUCCUGGUUCUCGGUCUUAUUGUUGGGGGUCUUUUUGUGUAUUUUCGGCAAUAUUUCAUGUCAGUCUACAAGGUGGAGGUGGAUUCAGAGGUGGAGUCUGUCCUGCUGCCCUGCAAAACCACAGUUCACCUGCCUGAGGACGUCACAGUGGAGUGGAAGAACGGAAACAACUGGAAGGUCCAUGUGUAUCAGAACGGUUCUGAUCGGCCUAAAGAACAGAACCAGUAUUACAGAGGCCGAACAGAGAUAAAGAGAAACCUGCUGGAACCUGGAGACCUCAGUCUGACCCUGAAAUACCCCACAAACAGAGACAGUAACACCUUCACCUGCACCGUCUACAACAGGGAGAGAAAGAUCCUGAUGAAGAAACAAGUGCUGCUUGAGGUACAGGUCAAAGUCUACAAGGUGGAGGUGGAUUCAGGGGUGGAGUCUGUCCUGCUGCCCUGCAAAACCACAGUUCACCUGCCUGAGGACGUCACAGUGGAGUGGAAGAACAGAAACAACUGGAAGGUCCAUGUGUAUCAGAACGGCUCUGAUCAGUCUGAAGAACAGAACCAGUAUUACAGAGACCGAACAGAGAUAAAGAGAAACCUGCAGGAACCUGGAGACCUCAGUCUGACCCUGAAAUACCCCACAAACAGUGACGGAGGAACCUACACCUGCACUGUCUACAACAGGGAGAGAAAGAUCCUGAUGAAGAAACAAGUGCUGCUUGAGGUCAAAGUCUACAAGGUGGAGGUGGAUUCAGGGGUGGAGUCUGUCCUGCUGCCCUGCAAAACCACAGUUCACCUGCCUGAGGACGUCACAGUGGAGUGGAAGAACAGAAACAACUGGAAGGUCCAUGUGUAUCAGACUGGCUCUGAUCAGCCUGAAGAACAGAACCAGUAUUACAGAGACCGAACAGAGAUGAAGAGAAACCUGCAGGAACCUGGAGACCUCAGUCUGACCCUGAAAUAUCCCACAAACAGUGACAGAGGAACCUACACCUGCACUGUCUACAACAGGGAGAGAAAGAUCCUGAUGAAGAAACAAGCGCUGCUCUGGAUCAAAGACUGUCAGGUGGAGGUGGAGGAGGGGGCGAAGUCUGUCCAACUGCCCUUCAAGACCACAGCUAACCUGCCUGAGAUGGCUAAAGUGGAGUGGUGCCGCUAUCAACCUGAUUACAUGACAGUCCAUGUGUAUAAGAACGGUUCUGACCGGCCUGAAAAACAGAACCAGAAUUACAGAGACCGAACUGAGAUGAAGGAAGACCUGCUGAAAACUGGAGACCUCAGUCUGAUCCUGAAAUCCCCCAAAGAGAGAGACACAGGAAGAUACCGCUGCAACGUCAACAAUAAGAAGGAAGACACCAGAUGCAUCCAGAGAGGGAAAUCAGUGCAGCUCACAGUCAGAGUCUACAAGGUGGAGGUGGAUUCAGGGGUGGAGUCUGUCCUGCUGCCCUGCAAAACCACAGUUCACCUGCCUGAGGACGUCACAGUGGAGUGGAAGAACAGAAACAACUGGAAGGUCCAUGUGUAUCAGAACGGCUCUGAUCAGCCUGAAGAACAGAACCAGUAUUACAGAGACCGAACAGAGAUGAAGAGAAACCUGCUGGAACCUGGAGACCUCAGUCUGACCCUGAAAUACCCCACAAACAGUGACAGAGGAACCUACACCUGCACCGUCUACAACAGGGAGAGAAAGAUCCUGAUGGAGAAACAAGCGCUGCUCUGGAUCAAUGACUGUCAGGUGGAGGUGGAGGAGGGGGCGGAGUCUGUCCAACUGCCCUUUAAGACCACAGCUGACCUGCCUGAGAUGGCUAAAGUGGAGUGGUGCCGCUAUGAACCUCAAUACAUGACAGUCCAUGUGUAUAAGAACGGUUCUGACCGGCCUGAAAAACAGAACCAGAAUUACAGAGACCGAACUGAGAUGAAGCAAGACCUGCUGGAAAUUGGAGACCUCAGUCUGAUCCUGAAAUACCCCAAAGAGAGAGAUACAGGAAGAUACCGCUGCAACGUCAACAAUAAGAAGGGAAGACACCAGAUGCAUCCAGAGAGGGAAAUCAGUGCAGCUCACAGUCAGAGGGAGAACCAGGAACAGAAGCAGCUCCAUUGAUCCAACUCCUCUGAUGGCUGAUCAGUCUGUUUGAUUGGUCUGUUGAUCAAUCUUUGAUUAUUGAUCUUGUUGAUUUGAUUGUUUGAUUUAUCUGAUCUGACUGAUUAAUUUACUUUGAUUGAUUAAUUACUUGGCUUUUCUGCCCAUAAUCUCAUGUUGUUUAUUAUUUUUUAGUUGUCUUUGAUUUUGGUGUUUACAAGUUCUAUAUGUAUAUAUCCUCUUACUGUUAAUAAUCAGUAUUGAGUAUUGAAUGAGUUCUACACAGAAAUAUCCUAAAUGUUAAUAUAUAGACCUACUGUGUAUAUUUUUAACUACUUACAAUAGAAGUUCAGUAAACUCAAUUAAAUGCAGUCAGACCAACAUGAAGCCAUUUAACCAUGUGGAAAUACUUUCUCUGAUUGAAUGAAGUUAUCGUUUGAGUGUCAGUCAGCUGAACUGUUCUCAUGUGUUUGAAUCCAUAAAGUGUUGUGAGCAGAUGAGUUAUGGAUUUGAUAAUUUCACACUCUGUUUAGAGAAUCAUGAAUAUUGAGGAGAACAACUCUAAAUAAAGCUCAAAUGUACAGCGCCCCCAUGUGGCAGA